AUGACUGACGUGGACCUGCUGAAGAAGAUGCUGCGCGCGGUGCUUCAGAGCAGCAAGAACGGCGUGGCUCUCUCCCGCCUGCAGUCGGAUUACCGCGCCCUUACCGGCGAGUCAAUCCAGUACCGGGAGAUGGGCCACGCCAGCCUCGAGAGCUUCCUGCGAAGCGUACCGAACGUGGUGCGCCUGGAGCGUGACCGCAGCGGAGAGGUGGUGUGUGUUGCGGCUGUGUGUAAGGAGACAGCCCACAUCGCCCAGCUGGUCUCCCGCCAGAAGAACUUGAAGAAGACGGGCUCCUUUCAGCUCUUGAACUGCCACAUGCGAGCUAAGCCUUCUUCACUGUUCUCACACAGUGCUAAGCCCUGCACAUCUUUGCGGCAGCCUGCUCACGUGACCCAUCCCAUGCCGGGCUCCACCUUGCGCUCUGGUUUCCACAGUGACCAGCAACAGGUCUUCCGCACCAGCCUGCAGACCAGUGGCAGCCUCGUCCCCCAUGUCCAAAAGGCCACAGGGUCAGUGCGGAGCCGUGCUGUUCCCAAGAAGUCCCCAUGGGACGGAAAGCCUCAUCUGUCCAGAGAGAGUAAUAUUGCAGCGGCACAGACACAUGUAGGGGGCACUGCUGUGGCAUCGAAGGCGGGGCGUGGUGACUUUGAGCUGGUCCAGGGCCGCCUCGUGCAGCUCCUGCGCGCACACAGCAGUGGCGUGUGGCUCUCCAAAGUUCCUCAGCUCUACAGGGACACAUUCCACCAGGAGCUCCCCGCAAACACACUGUCGCAGCUGGAGACCUGGACGCAUGUUUGCACAGUGGAGAGAGUAGGUGGUGUAAACGUCGUGGACCGUCUGGUGUACCCUGCUACACCGGCGCCCUCAAAGCCCUGCAUGACCCCAAAAAACCCUCUCAGACUUUCUAUCCCACAAUCCCCAGCUUCUCCUAUCCACAACACCCCGAGUCCAAUGGCCUCGAAACCCGCCAACCCUGCCCAGAUCUCUCCACCUCUGCCAGAGACCUCCAAGUGCCUGCCGAGCCCCGCUUCCCUGCGUCGGUCCCUGCCAACUCCGCCCUCCACUCCGCCCUCCACUCCGCCCUACUCACAGACCCCGCUGCCUCCGGACACGAAGCAGAAACUCCGGGAGCUGCUGAGCAAGUAUAGCCGCGGCCUGUGGGUCCACGCCUUGCCCCGCCUCUUCCAGGAGGCCUUUAGGUGCGAUUUCCCGCUGCAGGUUUUGGACGACUUGUCUGCGCUGGCUGACAUCUGUGUGGUGGAGUACCCCGUGCCUGGCCAUCGUAACAAGGCCAUCCUCUACGCCCUGCCCUCCUGCAGCCUGCCUGAGCCACGCCCACAGCCACGCCCACUCAUCAUGCACCAUGGCAACCCGGAAGUGCCUGCCCUCCCACUGCCCAAGGAGGAGUUCCCGUCUGUGCUGGUGAUGGAGGCCAAUAGCACCAACAAUAUCAUAUUCAGGUAUGUGGGGGAGGGUUAUUCUCGGGCCCUGGAAAACAUGGAGGACACCAUGUUGGUGUGCUACCGCCACAAGGGCGCAGGUCGUUCCGUUCCCUCUCCUACGAUAGGUCAGCUGGUGGCGGUCGCCAUGGAGGACAAUGUGGUGCUCCGCGCCCAGGUGCAGCAGGUGACGGGGGACGAUGUUCAGCUGUUCUGUGUGGAUCACGGCUUCUCAGAGUUCGUAAGCAAGAAGAAACUAUUGCAGCUGUCCGAGAGUUUCCUCACACUCCCCUUCCAGGCCACCACUGGGCGCCUCGCAGGUCUGGAGCCGUUCAGCGAGGACCCCACGGUCCUGAAGACUCUGGAGUCGUUUGCAUGCGGCCGCACGCUAUUGGCUGAGCUCGUGGAGCGGGAGGCCACGCCCGUUUUGGUGCUGUAUGACACGUCCCAGCAGACAGACGUCAAUGUAAACGCUGCGUGCCUUCAGGCGCUGCAGGACAGAAGUAUGGAGAACCCCCUGCAGGUUAACAGCUCCUACAGAGACGUGUGUGUGACCAACGUGUGCUCAGACGGCACCGUGUACUGCCAAUUGCCAUCCCGGGGCAUGGCCAAGCUGGCACAUGUCAUGGACAAGAUCGAGUCUUACCUGCUCUCGCAGGUCUCGUGGGAUCUUCUGGUUGUCAGGCCGUUCUGUGGUAAAGUGUGUCUGGCGCAACACAAAGGCAGGUGGGCCAGAGUGGAGGUCACUCAGCUACAUGGAAGCCAGGUGGUAGACAUUGUGUUUGUGGAUCUGGGACUUCCUGCCUCUCUGGAGGUCAGUGAACUGAGAGAGAUCCCACUCCACUUCCUCCGAGAGCUGAUCACAAUACCGCCACAGGCGGUGAAAUGCCGUCUGGCUGAGCUGGUAUGUGAUGGAGGGGUGUGGCCUCCUGACGCUGUGCUGUGGCUCAGGGAGAUGCUGCUGAACGCAGACGACUGCGGGAUGAAGAUAUGUCAUCUGGACUUGGCGGGGCAGGUGCAUGUUUACCUAUUCCGUGGCGCAGGUGCCUACGAGCGCUCUGCCAGCAUUAACCUGCAGCUGGUGUCCUCCACCCUCUGGUCGUGCCGGAGGGACGGGCACCUCCCCACCCCCGCUUGGCUUGCCCUGCCUGUGGCGGGCGACGCCCCCGACAUCCUGCCCCUGCCCCUGGAACUGCCCCAGGCAGGGAAGAGCCUGGAUGUGUUUGUGUCUGUGGCCUGCCACCCAGGGCACUUUGUGCUCCAGCCAUGGCAGGAGCUGUACAAGCUGGUGGUGCUGAUGGGGGAAAUGAUCCUUCACUACAACCGGCAGGACGGGCAGCGUGUGCGGGUGGAGAAGGACCACGUCUAUGCUGCCAAGAUCGACAGCAACUGGCACCGUGUGCUGGUGAAGGGAGUGCUCGCCAACUCGCUGGCAUCCGUCUACCAGCUGGACUACGGGAAGCACGAGCUCGUGCACUGCUCCCAGAUCCAGCCGCUCACCGCAGAGUUCCGCCAGCUGCCCUUCCAGGCUGUGCCUGCACAGCUGGCAGGCGUCACGCAGGGUAAGUGGGGUGAGGAGGCCUCUAUCGUGUUUCGGAACCACGUGGAGCGAAAACCUCUGGUGGCGCAGGUGGAGUCCGUCCAGCAGGGGGCGCAUCCCUGGGAGCGCCGCCUGUCCGUCUACCUGGUGGACACUUCUCUGGACGAGAGCGACGUGUGGAUCCAUGCCACCAUGGCGGAGUUUACGAGCGAGCUCGGCAGCGCCGCGUAGGACGCC